AUGGCUCCAGCAACGUAUUCCCCGAUGGACAAAGAUGGUAGCACCACGGACGACGAUUCUGCGACCGUCGCGCUUAUGGAUCAUGAUAGGGAGGUUCACACAUUUCAGAAGCGCUCUCGGUGGGACCGAACCAAGAAACUGACCCAGCGGCCUCUCAUGAUCGCGAAUGUCAUUUUGUUCCUUGUGUCGCUCCGGGGCUAUUGGCUGUGGUGGCGCAGCGACGUCCCGAAGACGGAUAGCCUGUUGAAACAAAGCUCUUAUUACUCACCGCUCUUGAAUUUGCUGGAAGACAUCCCGCGAGUCUCACGCAUGAGCUUUGGGGAGUAUGGCGACGGCGGCGACACGGCGCUCUGGCGCGGUCCGCCAAGCGACGAGCUGGAUGAGGCGUGGGAGCGCCUGAUUCCCGACCGCCCAAUCUUCCCUAUCACCAAGGCCGACAUUCUGGCCAUGAAUAAGGACCCUUCGGUGGCAGUCAAGAUGCCUAAGAAAUACUGGAGGGGGGACGGUGAGCAGACAUUCAUGGCCAAGCCCUCGGCCUUCCACAAUCUGCAUUGUCUAGAUUACGUUCGCCGCACCGUCUACAAGGACUAUUACUGGCCAAAUGGCACCGAUGAUGUGCCGUUCCAUGAUACCCACGUAACGCACUGUAUUAUGCUGCUCAAGGAGCACUUGACGUGUGCGCCAGACCCGGGAGUCACCGUUUUCCGGUGGCUUGAUGAAUUCUCCAUUCCCAUCGUCGAUACCAAUAUUUGGCGGAAGUGCUGGGACUUCGAUACUGUCCUCGAGCAAUACGAUGCCGCAUCGGUUAUAGCAGAUGAGGUGACUCUGUUGCCCAAACCUGUCGGGGUGCAGAGCACUGCUGGGCCGCAACACAUGGUGCAUGAUGUUGCAGAAUCCCUGAAGAAACAUCCCGAGUGGUCGAUUGGAAUGCUGGAUAUGGCCAACUUUCCACAGUCAAAUAAUUUGAAGCAUCCACGACAUUGA